GUCGUCACCCGCAUGGAGAGUUCUAUGGACGUCGCCGACGACACCGCGCCGCCGCGUGCAGAUGAGGUAGAGGAGGGUACUCUCCAUUUUGACGACGACGACGACGACAAUGCCCACUCCGCGUGGUCCAAGUACGAAGCGUUAAAGUCCAAAGCCACCGCGCUGUCGGCAGUGGAGAUGGACGCACUGGCGCAGUGGAAAUGGCUCAACGGUCGACUGGGGGAGGCCAUCGACAGCUACUUGGAACUGGCCCGCACGCACCCAAAGUACCUCCACGUGCACUUCAAGCUCGGCUACCUGUACUUGAUUCUCCAAAACUACGAAUCUGCGAUCCAGCAUCUCACCCUUGAAAUGGACAAGCAUGCGCACAUGCCGCCAUUGACGAACGUCCGCCGCGCGAAAAUACUAGCUCAAAAGGCAUACUAUUGGUGCAGUGCCGCGGGACGCAUGGAGGCACACCAGUACUUGAAACACUUCGAUAAAAAAGCAGUGGACGCUCGCCUUGUCGCGAGUGACGGCGGCAGUUCCACGGAAGGAUUGGUCGCGAUGGGGUGUCUAUUUCGGCAGCUGGGGCUGCUCCAGCGUGCUGAAGGAUGCUUUGACCAAGCGUCACUACAGAAACCGAACGACCCGAGCUACUUGGUCGAGUACGGCAAACUGCUCCUGCUCCAACGCCGACCGGGGCCGGCCCUGGGAAAAUUCAGCGACUGCCGCCGCGUCGCGCCUGCUUUAAGUGAAGAUUUAUUCCAAGCCAUGCUGGGCGAAGCUGUGGCCAACAUGCGGCUCCAGAAGGCGGCGAUGGCGCAGAGCAUCCUUCAGAAGAUCAUUGAUAGUCUGUCCCCCAUGGUCGAGCAAGGAUUGGCGCCGUUGAUGAUGAAUUCCGAAAUGGACCGCAUGACCAUUCGACAAAUCUUGCACCAAGCUAUCCAUUGCCAAGGCUGCUGUGCCAUACUCCAAGGGGAUAUCAAGAGUGCGCUGGACGUGUACUACACUGUGGUUGCAGAAUACGCAGACUUCCAACUGCCAGUGAUGUGUGUCACUCCUGGCGCCCGCGAUGCCAAGGGACAUCUAGUGGACACAUCCAUGUUCUCUACCCAUCGAAUUGUUGACUUGCUCGUGUAUCUGGACGAAAUUGAAUCCCGCUACGGGCCCGACGCGUGCUUGUACUUUCACCGAGCCAACAUCUACCGCGCGCUGGGCGAUCUCAAACGGUUUAUAGAUGACUUGACCCUUGUCGAAUCGUUAAACCCGCAGUUCCUUCGCCACUACUUUGACCACGACAGCUUGGGGGACUUUGUGGACGAAGAAACCAUGACAUGGAUCCCGCUGAACAUGCUCGAGUCCAUUUGCGAGCUCACAAAGCCAGUGUUGCCUGCCAGCAAAGCUCCAUCCACCCCGACCGUCCUCAUCGAAGCCGCGGUGCACCAGUACUUUGCCACACGGCUGCAAUACAACAAACAAGAUGAUUUUUACGCGCAAGUGUUUGCCAUCGACUCGCUCCGUCGAUUGAAUGUGCAAGGGGAAGUCCCGCUGGCGUUGCACCGACUGCGCCAAGGCACGGCCAUUUCGUUUGACGAUUCGCUGUGUCACUUGAACCAGUCCGAGGCGUCUCCUACUACUGCCAAGUCGCUGAUCCAAUCGAUGGUCAAAUCGCACCCGCGGCACCCGACGGUGCAGUUUAUUGCAGCUCUGGUCCAUAUGUCUGAACUAAGGCUUGACAGCGCGCACCACCACUUGACUCAAUGCCUCCAAGAAAUCAACAAGUCGAUGAACACGAUGGACGCCGCGUGGAAAGUGCAAGGGCAAGAUGCUGCUAACGCCACCGACGCGGUCGCUAGAUGGACGUACCUAGGGUAUAUUCGAAUCAAAUACCAUGCGCUCGUGUGGCGGUCGGUGGUGCUACAAUUGAAUUUGCGUGGACAAGAAGCGGUGGGGGACAUGCGUGCGGCCAUGUCGUUGCUGCCUUUGGAACCCCAUGCGAUGUUUCAAAAAGCUUGUAUGAUGGUGCAUUAUGGGUACCUAAACAACGCGAUCGCGCCCCUUCGUGACGGUUUGUCGUGCUUGAAGCGCGACGGACGAGCCAAAGACACUGCCAUGUGCAUGGACUACAUUCGAUUGGCUGGCAUCAACUCGUUUUCACUAUUACCCCAGGAACUCAAGCGUGAAGGACCCGUCCCGACCGACGACGACGACGACGAGGCCGAUCACCUGCGGCGUAAAAAUGCGAUCGCCGAUGCCCGGGGAGGCACGGUCUUGUACGCGAAUGCAUUGGACAAACUGUACGAAGCUGGGGUGCUCAAGUUAUCCAAAGGCCAGACUUUGUCGAAUCGAAUCAUGAACCAAUGCUAUUGGCUAGUCCACUUUUGA